CCGCCAACCACCAACGAAGAAGAAAACAAAAGGGGCGCGCUGCGGUGCUGGAUUUGAAUCGCGGAAGAGAAACUGUCCGCAUCACCACAAUGGCUCAAGGUCACAAGUUCCAAGACCUGGAGGAGACGGGGGAGGCGCUGGUGGCCUUCAUCAACAGCAGUCAGCCGGACCAGCUGAGACGAGUGAAGGACGAACGUCAGGCGCUUUUAGAUCAACACGCAGAAACGACGAAAGUUGUGACGCAGAUUUUAAAAGAUGUGGCUCAGAUUGAGGAGAGCGUCGGCCAGAGGCUGCUGGACAUGGAGGAGAAGAAGAAGCAGAAGGACCAGGAGCUGGACAGCUUGGAGGAGCAGCUGAGGCAGUGCACUGCCAAAAGCCAGAUCACUGACUCAGAACUACAGUUCCUCCAGAGGGAGAUGGAGAGUCUGAGACAUGCCGAGCACGAGCUCACGACUCUUCAGAGCGAGCUGGAUGAGGUCACCACUGAGGUCAUCCCUUCAGCUGUGUACGUGGCCCAGGUGUACUACCUGAUCACCAAGAUCAAGUGGGAGUACGACACACAGCCCGGCGUCUUAAAAGGAGUUCACUACGGCGCCGACCUGGCGACCCCCAUCAACAUCGACACAUCUGCACGAUCUCGCAGCGACGUCAGCGACCAGCUGUGGGGCUUCGUCAGCACCGAGUGGUAGACGAAGGAAGAGACGUGUAGUCGUGUGUUUCUGUUUGUUUGUGGAUGUGUGUGUUGUUUUUUUUAUGUUGUUUAACAUUUAUACUGUUUUUAAAAUUA